AUGAAGAUAUGCCGAAACAGGAUGUCGACCAUGCUUCCUUUGUUCAGGGCGCAACGGAGGAACUACUCGUUUUGGGGCAAGCUUCCUUGGAAAUCCCAUGCGACUCCUUCCCCUCCUACGAACCCGGUGAACCCUGCUGUCAUGGAUAAAGCUGCCCGUAUACGUGCAAAGAGAAAUCACGAUCUGACUAACGUUUACCAUGUGAGGGAAGAAAAACAGCCCAAGAAAGACCUGAGUAUAUUUCAUUUUGAGUACGGCUACUCUUCCUACUCCCAUCAUUCAAGGGGUAAGAGAAUCCCGAUGAUCUCCUCCUUAUCGGAUCUCUCCGAUGGUGGUAAUUUGGCAGCGUUGUUACCAAAGCGAAGACCUCCAGGAUCUCCCAUUAAUACCCUUUCAAUAAGAAGCGGAGACGAUGCGAUGUUGGUUUCACCAACACUUUUAGGGCUGGCAGAUGGCGUUUCUAGUUGGAGUGACUUGGAGGAAGGUGAGGACGCUGAUGCUGGACUGUGGGCCAGGGCGAUGUUAGAAACCACAAGCCGCUUUGUCAUUCAGCAUCAGAACUCAGUGUGGCCUCAUGACAUCAAUGAAAGGGAGAUUGAGCAAAUUUUGGAUGAUAGCUUUUUCCAUUCCACUGACCUGAUGGAUCUAGACAACUGCCAUGGAUCAUCUACAUUUAUCAUGGCAUUACUGAGUUACAGUGGGAAGUUGAACGUUGUGAGCAUAGGGGACAGCAAAAUAUUCGUGUUCAGAGACGGGAAAAUAGUUUUCAAGAACGAGGAGCAAAUGACCAGCCCACUCUGCCCUGUUCAAAUUGGAACCAAUGAUCUUAGACAUCUUCCAUCUGCCAAAUGUUGGUACAAAACUUUUGAGUUACAACAAGAUGAUUUAAUAGUAAUGUGCUCCGACGGUGUUACGGACAACUUGUGGGAAAAAGAGCUAGAGCAAUUAGUUGCCCAAAAAUAUUUCAAAGAAGGUCAAAAUGUCCGACAGUUGGCCAAUUCGAUACUGAAAGAGUCCAGAGAAGUUGCAUUCGAUAAUUUUGCUAUAACUCCUUACGUUGAGAAGAUCAACGACGUUUCUUCCAAUAAGGGGGCUAAAGAUAAUUUCAUCAUGGGAGGUAAAGUGGACGACAUCUCCGUUUGUGUUGCCAGGGUGGUAAAUAAAUAG